ACAAGUUUUCAUCUGGCAACACUGCUGUGGGGCACAUGUGUUCACCUAUUUAUUUACAAAAAUCCACAAAAGCAAGCGAAUAAUGGGUAAGGGCAAGAAGCCAUACAUUGACCGCAAGAAGGCGGUCACCUUCCACUUGGUGCACCGCAGUCAGCACGAUCCCCUGGUGACGGACGAAAAUGCGCCGCAGCGAGUGCUGCUGGAGGCGGCUGCCAGGCAGCAGAAGCCCAAGGAGGAGACGGCGCCCGCUGAUCCCGCCAAGCGGCAGGAGGAGCUGAAAAAGUUCGGCAUCCACUUCGACGACGACUACGAUUACAUGCAGCACCUGAAGAAGCGCGAGAACGACGUGGUGUGGGAGUACAUGGAGAACCCCAAUCAGGCGAGAAAGCAGCGUGCGGAGGAUGAUAAGCCGGGACCAGCGCCCAAGCUGGUUCUGCCCAGCUCGGUUUUCGCCAGCGAGUUCGAAGAGUCCGAGGGCAUGCUGAACAAGGCGGCGCCACAGACGUUGCGUCUGGACUGGGACCCGGAUGUGGUGGCCGCCUUGGACAGCGACUGCGAGAACGAGGAGGAGCUGGAUGACGACUUCGUGAUGCAGGCCAUGGCUGAGGGCGACUCAGACGACGAGGAGUGGGACGGCGAAGAAGAUGACGAGGACAUGGACUUCGACUUCGAUUCGGAUGAUCUUAAUGGGGAAGAGGACGAAAACGAGGACGAGCUGAUGGAUCGCCUGGCGCCGCUUAUGCGCGAGCGUCGCUUCGACGACGAGGAGGUCAAAUCACGCUUCACCGAAUACUCGAUGUCCUCCAGCGUGAUUCGCCGCAAUGAGCAGCUCUCGCUUCUGGACGAUCGUUUCGAGAAGUUCUAUGCCAGCUACGAUGACCCCGAGCUGGGCGACCUCUCCCUGGAAGAUAUUGAGGGCAGCUGGCACCAGAAGCACCCCGUGGUCAUGCAGUGCUUUCAGGAGUUCAAGAAGAAGGACAAGACGAUCGAGUACAACAAGGAGUGGGAUCGCGAGCGCAUCGAAAAAUAUCGCAAUGUGGUCGAGGGCGAGCAGGAUCCCACCGAGGAGUUGGUAGAGUACGAGGUGGACGAUCCCAAGCAGAAGAAGUGGGACUGCGAGUCCAUCCUCUCCACCUACUCAAAUAUCUACAAUCACCCCAAGCUGAUCGACGAGCCGCGUCGCAGUCGUCGAUCCAGCGCAAGCACAAACCCAGCUCCCAUCCUGAUUGACCCGAAGACAGGCCUUCCCGCCAAUGUCCUGCGCGGUGGCGUUGACGGCCAGCUGACAGCCAAAGCCUUGGCCAACCUAGCGGACGAUUCCGCUGAUGCCACCGGUCCCAAGUCCCUGUGCGCCAAAUCGGUGCUGUCCACAUUAAGCGUGCUUUCCAUUCGGCCCAAGGACGAGACCGCGGAGGAGAAGAAGGAGCGGAAGCGCUUGCUAAAGGAGUACCGCAACGAGCGCCGCAUCGAGAAGAAGGCCAAUACGGAGGCCUUCAGGGAGGAGAAGAAGCGGCAGACGCACGUAAAGAUCAACCAGCGUACCAACCAGCAGGGAGCCUCCAUUGUCUAGUUUUAGUUUCCGACUCCUUUCUCUAGGCUUAAUGUGAACUGUAUGCCCAGGCAUAUAAUAUAUAAAGUGAUAUCUAUAAGCGGA